GUGUAAUAAUAAAAUAAGUAAAAUAACAAACUUUAUGUAACAAUUUAAAUGAGUUAUUUAUGUGUCAUUCGAAAAGAAAAUGGUGAAUGAACAAAGAGCCCAUUUAUGUCUUCAAUGUAGAAACUUGAUUUGGACAAGCUCAAGAGCAUUCCAUCAGUGUCUUGAGCUCCAAAUGGAGAACACCUGGAUCCUGACUUUUCACCUUCUCCUCCUCCUGCUCCAUCCAAAUGCAGCAAAAGGGGCCAUUGGUGUUGGUGUUGGUGUUGGUGGCAGAGGUGGCAUAGGUGUUGGCAUUGGCAUUGGGGGCAGUGUUAACACCCCAGGGCCCUCUGGAUCAAACCUCAAGAGUGCCUUCACAGCACUCCAGGCAUGGAAAUCUGCCAUGACCGAUGACCCAUUGAAGAUUCUGGAUACUUGGGUUGGUCCCAAUGUGUGUUCCUACAGAGGUGUCUUCUGUGCAAACUCUCAGGAUGAUAAUGGAAUUGUCACAACAGCAGCAACUGAGUCUUCUAUUGUUGCAGGAAUAGAUCUCAACCAUGCAAACCUCCAAGGGACCCUUGUCAAAGAUCUCUCUUUGCUCUCUGACAUCACUCUUUUCCAUCUCAACAGUAACAGGUUUUCUGGCUCACUCCCUGACACAUUCAGGGACCUCACUUCACUCCAAGAGUUGGACCUCAGCAACAACCAGCUCUCAGGCCCUUUCCCCAUGGUCACUCUCUCCAUGCCAAGCCUCAUCUACUUGGACCUCAGAUUCAACAACUUCUCAGGCCAACUUCCUGAUCAACUCUUCAACAAGAAACUUGAUGCUAUAUUCCUCAACAACAACAACUUUGGAGGUGAAAUUCCAGACAGUUUGGGAAAUUCACCUGCCUCAGUCAUCAACUUGGCCAACAACAAGUUGAGUGGAAGCAUCCCUUUCAGCUUUGGCUUCAUGGGUUCAGGACUGAAGGAGAUUCUCUUCCUUAACAACCAGUUAACAGGUUGCAUUCCACAAGGAGUAGGGAUCUUCACUGAGAUGCAAGUUUUUGAUGUGAGCUUCAACUCACUCAUGGGCCAUUUGCCUGACACUAUGAGUUGCUUGCAAGACAUAGAGGUUCUUAAUUUGGCACAUAACAAGCUUUCUGGGGAGUUAUCCGAUGUGGUAUGCUCUUUGAGAAGCCUAUUAAAUCUAACUGUUGCUUACAACUUCUUCUCUGGGCUGAGCCAGGAAUGUUCAAGGCUAUUCAGUGUGGGGUUUGAUUUCUCGGAUAAUUGUAUUCCUGGAAGGGAUAUGCAAAGACCCCAACCGGACUGCUCUAUAAUCCCUGGUGGUAGUCUCAAUUGUCUUAGAAUUCCUACUCCAAAACCUCUUGUUUGCGCUGCUCUGGCUGCAACUUUGUCUAAGCACACAAAUUCACGUUCCUUUUCUCCCUGAUGCUGGGUGGCUACUACAGCUUGGUUAGUUGGUCGUGGCUUUUACAUUAAUUAAUGCUGCUAUCAAUUUAAUUCAUAUAUAGUCACAGUCACAGCUUUCUGCUUAUUUUAUUCGAUCUUCAUGGAUUCGGUAUACUUGGCCCGCACGGAUAAGAUGUGCCUUGAUUUGAGAAACUUCUAUGAUGGUGUUAACAAACAAGAUAAUUUAUGUGUCUCGUGGCAUGCUUGCUUGCUUCAUUUGAUUGCCACUGGUUUUUACUUUUAAUUUAGAUUGUGUAUUCGCUAUUCUGAUUCUUUCCCCUCAUAAAUAUGACAACGCCCUACUACUUCUUUGCUUGUGUU